AUGCUCUCCGCCGCCUUCGCUGCUCACCCCGCCACCGCCGCCGCGCUGCAGCGGCAUUCCGUCCGCCCGCGCCAGCUAUUCUCGGCUCCAAUCGCCACGGCGACGCCAACGCGGCGGUCACGAGCGGCCAUGCUUUCGGUGAAGAACGCCGUCGCUAGCCAGAGCCCUCUGACCGCCCGCGCGGCGCCUCGCGACCUCUCUUUCCCGAUACUGGUGAAUAGUUGCACCGGCAAAAUGGGGAAGGCUGUUGCUGAAGCAGCUGUAUCUGCUGGUCUUCAGUUAGUUCCCGUGUCAUUCAGCGCAGUGGAGGUUCCUGAUGGAAAGCUCAACAUUUGUGACAGAGAUAUCCAUAUUCAUGAUCUAUCGGAAAGUGAACGUAUUCUCAGUUCCAUUGUUAAGGACUACCCGGAUAUGAUAGUUGUUGACUACACUGUGCCUGAUGCUGUUAAUGCCAACGCUGAACUUUACUGCAAACUUGGCUUGCCAUUUGUAAUGGGCACAACGGGUGGAGAUAGGCAACUGUUGAACAAAACAGUGCAGGAUGCGAAUGUUUAUGCUGUGAUAUCCCCACAAAUGGGCAAGCAGGUUGUUGCUUUUCUUGCUGCCAUGGAAAUCAUGGCAGAGAAAUUCCCUGGUGCAUUCGCAGGUUACAAACUAGAGGUCAUGGAGUCUCAUCAAGCGACAAAAUUGGAUGUUUCUGGAACUGCCAAAGCUGUAAUCUCUUGCUUUCAGAAGUUGGGUGUUUCAUUCGACAUGAACGAGGUAAACUUGGUUAGGGAUCCCGAAGAGCAGAUGGCCAUCGUCGGUGUCCCAGAAGAACAUCUUGCGGGGCAUGCAUUUCACAAUUACCAUCUCACUUCACCUGAUGAGACAGUGUCUUUUGAGUUCCAGCACAAUGUAUGCGGCCGUUCAAUAUAUGCAGAGGGAACUAUUGACGCUGCCAUGUUUCUCCGUAAAAAGAUACAGGACGGGGCGAACAAGAAAUUAUAUGAUAUGAUCGAUGUUCUGAGUGAGGGCAACAUGAGAUGAACAGGGCUAUUUUAGGGUUAGAGUAAUUGUGUAGCCCAGUGAUGGUGUUGUAUAAACUCUUGUUUUGCGGCAAAAUAUAUUAGGCCACUGCCGAGCUGUAGCAGUUUUGCGUCCUAAUUGAAUCUUAGGUUCGUCAAAACAAGUUGUCAACUCUUUAGUUGUGGGCAAAAAAGACAUUUGGACAAACUUGGGCUUCUGUUUGAGGCCAGAGUUAAGUGCUAUUGCGGCAGUGGAUGAUGGAAG